UGCUGAAGCAUAUAAAGCUUUGGAAGAAUCCACUGUCGAUAAUGGAACUAAUCCGGAAGCAUUUCGAAAAGAUCUGAUCAAUAUUGCUCGUACAACAUUGAGUUCAAAAGUUUUAUCGCAAGAUAAAGACUAUUUUGCUAAUCUUGCUGUUGACGCUGUUUUAAGGCUGAAAGGCAGCACAAAUCUUGAACAUAUACAAAUCAUAAAGAAAGCUGGUGGCUUUAUUUUAGACAAAAAGAUUGGAGUUAAUCAACCAAAAAGAAUUGAAAAGGCCAAAAUUUUGGUUGCUAAUACACCAAUGGAUACCGAUAAAAUUAAGAUUUUUGGUGCUCGUGUUCGUGUAGACGCUACUGGUAAAUUGGCCGAACUUGAAAGAGCAGAGCGGGAUAAAAUGAAGGAAAAGGUUGAAAAAAUAAAGGCUCAUGGAAUUAAUUGUUUUGUUAACCGCCAACUGAUCUAUAAUUGGCCAGAGCAACUCUUCGCUGACUCUGGUAUUAUGUCUAUCGAGCAUGCUGACUUUGAUGGUAUUGAAAGAUUAGCUCUAGUAACAGGUGGUGAAAUUACAUCUACAUUUGAUCAUCCAGAACUUGUGAAAUUGGGGUAUUGUGACCUUAUUGAAGAAAUUAUUAUUGGAGAAGAUAAGCUAAUCAAAUUCUCCGGUGUUGCUGCUGGAGAAGCCUGUACUAUUGUGUUACGUGGGGCUACGAACCAAUUAUUAGAUGAGGCUGAGAGAUCUUUACACGAUGCAUUGAGUGUAUUGACACAGACUGUAAAAGAAACACGUACGGUGCUUGGUGGUGGUUGUUCUGAAAUGCUUAUGUCCAAAGCGGUUGAGGAAAAAGCUAAGACAACGGCUGGUAAGAAAGCGAUUGCUGUGGAAUCUUUCGCAAAGGCUUUGAGGCAGAUUCCCACUAUUUUGGCUGAUAAUGCUGGUUAUGAUAGUGCAGAUCUUGUUGCCAGAUUGCGUGCAGCGCAUUAUGAGGGGAAGUCUACAUAUGGACUAGAUAUGGCGAACAAUACUAUUGGAGACAUGCGAGAAAUUGGAAUUACAGAGUCAUACAAACUUAAACGCCAAGUAUUACUUAGCGCAUCAGAAGCUGCAGAGAUGAUUUUACGCGUUGAUGAUAUUAUUCGAUGUGCACCAAGAAAACGAGGGCAAUAG